AUGUAUGCAAAACGAAUGCUUACUCGCUCACCCUCAUCAUCAAAUGUUAAUAGUACAAAUGAGUAUAUUGAAUACCAGGAUGGAUCAAUAGCCGUCAUGAAUCACAAUGAAACUGUAGAGGAAAUUAAUAACCGAAUAAAAGAAGAAAAAAGAAGGAAGGAAGAAGAACGAUUAAAAAAGCUGAGAAUUGAAACAGCAAAAAGGAGGAAACGACAAGAACAAAUUGAUGCGGAAUUAAAAGAAAAGAAGGAAAAUGAAAUUGAAAAAGCUUUACAGGACAGGAAAAAACAAAUAGAGGCUUCGAAAUUAAGGAAAAACAGCAAAACACCCGAAUGUAUAACAACAACAAAUGGAGGUAAAAGCAUCAGGCCUACACCUGCUGUGGCUGAUAUAACGAAAAAACAAAUUAGACAUUUGAACAUUUUAGAAUCUCUUGAUUUACAAGGAAUUACAUCGAGUACUGACAUGUUUCUUGUUGCUGAGAAGAUGUCGAAAAGAUCGAGUGUCAGAGAAUCGGAGGCAGCUCAUGCCAUAAAAAUGAUUGAGAUUACUUCGGCUAGAUCACCAAAUCCAACAAAAGAAAUUCCCUUAGAAUCGCCUUCCAACAAGACAAAGAGAGUGAGGAUACAAAUAGUGGAGGAAGAGAAACGAAAGACCUCUCCUCGAAAUAAUGAUCUGAAACUUCCUCAAAUUAAAACCCGACCAACUGAAGCAGUUGCCGAAAAGAAGAUUGAGAAAAAGAAAAAGCUUGUGGCACCACAUACAGGUGUCUCGAUAGAUAUAGAAAAAAUAGAGAAGGAUAUUGCAUUAAUUGAUAAGGCACUUUUAGAAAAAUAUCAAAGUUUAAGGAAUAUUGAUAAUAACGUACUGAAACGAGUGAAUACAAGCGACAGGUCUGAUAGAAAGGACUCUACACCAUCACCCACACAAAAUAAUCCAAAGAAAAUUUCCAAACCAAAGCGAGCUAAACCUGUUUUAUCAACAAGGCAACGAAAAUUUUGA